UACAAUCACGUUGGCAGGCACUGUAUGUGGCGGGCAUCGGCUGGUAUCCUUUGAGUGGUUCAGUUCACACUAACACCUCUGCAGUCCUGACGGGGAGGGGGCGACGUUGGCAGCCAUUUCAUUAACUCCUACCCCGACAUAUGGGAUGCGAUGGAGUUAAAGCAACAUUAAGAGAAAACACAACAUGACCGGGAUGAUUGUUGAUUUCUACCUAUUCCAUAUGAAUUCAUUACAGCAUAAACUACAUUAACUGCGAGUGCAUGUGGAAUACCACGAGAAUAGAUUAUCGAAGGGUGAAGACUGAAAUAUUUUGACCAUGUUGGAGUCCUAUGUGACUCCUAUUUUGAUGAGCUAUGUGAACCGCUACAUUAAGAAUUUGAAACCUUCUGAUUUGCAGUUGUCACUCUGGGGAGGAGAUGUAGUCCUCAGCAAACUAGAAUUAAAACUUGAUGUACUUGAACAGGAACUGAAGCUGCCAUUCACAUUUCUUAGUGGACAUAUACAUGAAUUGAGAAUUCAUGUGCCAUGGACAAAACUUGGGUCAGAGUCUGUUGUCAUCACUAUAAACACUAUGGAGUGCAUCUUAAAACUGAAGGAUGGAGCACAGGAGGAACACGAAAGCUGUGGUUCCAGUUCAACCAACCGCAGCACUUCUGAAAGUGCCAAAUCUCAACUUAAACCACGGAAGAUUCAACAAACAGCUCCUACUGAUCCUGAUUUGCCACCAGGUUAUGUACAGAGUUUAAUUACACGUGUUGUCAACAACGUUAACAUUGUGGUGAAUAAUCUCAUCUUAAAGUAUGUAGAAGAUGAUAUUGUUCUGUCUGUGAAUAUCACUUGCGCAGAAUGUUACACUGUGGAUGAAUUUUGGGACAGGGCGUUUAUGGACAUUUCUGCCACUGAACUGGUUCUUAGAAAAGUGAUUAACUUUUCGGACUGUACUGUUUGUCUUGACAAGAGAAAUGCUAGUGGAAAAAUAGAAGUUUACCAGGAUCCAUUGCUGUAUAAGUGCUCAUUCAGAACUCGUUUACAUUUUAACUAUGACAGUCUUAACUCCAAAAUGCCAUCUGUAAUAAAGAUACAUACAAUGGUUGAAAGUUUAAAGCUUUCACUCACUGACCAGCAACUUCCGAUGUUCAUACGCAUCAUGCAGUUGGGGAUUUCCUUGUAUUAUGGAGAAAUAGGAAACUUUAAAGAAGGAGAAACUGAAGAUUUUCCUAUUCACUCCAAGGAUACAGUUGUUGAUAUACCUGGAGGGGAAGAUGAAAUUGGAACAACAAUGCAAUUUACAACACAAGAAAUGUACUCCCUACAAGAUGAUGAAGACCAGCAAGGAUGGGUAUCAUGGGCGUGGUCUUUUGUUCCUGCUAUUGUGAGUACUGGUAAUGAAAUUGAAGGAGAAGGUGGUUACAUUGGGUCAGAAGAUGCUGAUGCGCUGCAAAGUUCAAAAUCCCAAACUUCCAAAGAUCCGAUUGUCUCAAUAGGAUUCUAUUGCACCAAAGCCACAGUCACAUUUAAGCUCACUGAAAUGCAACCUGAAAGCAACUAUUACAGCCCUCAGAAAGUGAAAUCCAGAGAAGUGAUAAGGUGGGAGCAAGAGGGAACCACAAUUGAGGUUCUUAUGAAGGGAGAACCUUUCUUCGAUUGUCAAGUUGGUUUUGUGGGAAGUAGAGCCUUGUGCUUGAAAGGAAUUAUGGGAAUCAAGGACUUUGAAGAAAACACAAACAGAUCUGAAGAAGAAGCCUGUUUCUUUACCUGUGGAGAGAAUCUGAGCAAUAAAGGAAUGACUUACCUGACCAACUCACUAUUUGACUAUAGAAGCCCAGAAAACAAUGGUGUUAGAGCAGAGUUUAUUUUGGAUUCAUCUCAUCACAAAGAAACAUACACAGAGAUAGCUGGAAUGCAGAGGUUUGGAGCAUUCUAUAUGGAUUACCUGUACACAAUGGAAAGCAAUGAUGGCAAAGGUUCCUUAAGCGAACCGGAUUUUCCUUCUGUAAAACCUGAAGAGCAUGGCAGUAUUCAGGAGAUGUCUAUCAAGCGUCUUGUUGUGGGUCCCAUUGACUUACGUCUGGAUAGUAGCUCAGUUCAUAGGAUUAUGAAAAUGGUAGCUUGCUCUUUAGACCACGAGUAUGAAGCAUAUUGCAGUCCACAUCCAGUUUCUGUAGAAGAAUGUAAAGCGUUACCGAGUGCUGAAGAAGUGGCAAUCCUGGAAGAAUAUAUUCCUACACGUUUAACUUCUGUCACAUUUCUGAGAUGUACCAUCACCAUAACAAUGGCAGAAUUCAACCUUCUUGGGCAUUUAAUGCCUGUUAUAAUGGGUACAAAGCAUUCCUGUGGAACUUUAACAACAGCAAGUUUUCAUCCGAUCCGGCCUCUUCCUGCCAUCAGAAUACUUGCAGACAAAAUCAACGUUGAACAUUCUGUGCCUAUGUAUGCCGAGCAGCUGAUCCAGACUGUGAGCAGCCUGAGCCAACCUUCGGAUAAUCUGCUUCAUCAUUGUUAUGCUCAUUGCUACCUCAAGGUAUUUGGUUUCCAAGCAGGACUUACCUACCUCGAUAGCAAGGGAACAUAUUGCUCUCCUGUCCCUGUAGUCCCUUCCUUCAGCACAGCUGUUUAUGGCAAACUGCUCCAGCUUCCUCAGUACUGGGCCAAACGUACUCAUGUUCCAUUAACCGAACUCAUAUUUGAGCUUCCAAGUCUCACUGUUCAAGCAACACGAGCCCAAACUCUUCUGCUACAUGGGAUUGGUCAUAGUUGGUCAUACAGUUCAAAUAGCUCUGGUUCAUCAUUACUAAAUGAGGCACUUCUUAAUGACGUAUUCCCUGCCACAGGUGUAAAAUCUAAGAAUCCACUGCCAACUCUUGAGGGUUCUAUGCAGAAUGUUGAAUUGAAAUACUGCAGCACAUCAUUGGUCAGAUGUGUCUCCGGGACCGUGGGAUCAAUAAAAUUUUGUGCCAAAGCCCCAGGUGAAAUGGGGAAGGAAAAGGUUAUUCCUUUGAUUCAGGGCCCCUCAGACACCAGAGACCUCCAUAGGAGCAAAUGGCUGAGGGAGAGCAGAAAACCAGAAUCUUUGCUUGGUCCAGAUCUGAUGGCCUUUACGAUCCAGGUCCCUCAGCAGAUGGACUACUGCCACAGCGCUGGUGCUGUGCUUUUGGCUAGUGUUCAAGGUAUAGCAAUCAAUGUUGAUCCGGUGCUGUACUCAUGGCUCAUAUACCAGCCUCAGAAAAGGAGCAGCCGACAUUCUCAGCAGUCGCUGAGCGCUGCUCCCCUAACUGUGCCACUGUCAAGAAAGAAAGAGGAUGAAGUGUCUGUUGGAAGUGCACCGUUGGCAAAACAACCAUCAAAUCAGCCAUCUGAAUAUGCCAGCAGCCCUAUCAAAACCAAAACUUUAACAGAAUCUCGACCUCUCUCAGUUCCUGCUAAGAUUUUCCAAACCCCUGGAGAAGACAGCAGGACUCCAGAGGACAAAAUGAAAGAAUUCAUUGGAGUUGUGUGGAGUGCUGUUAAGCGUUUGACCCUUCAGAUUGAGCUACAGACUUUCUGUGUAUUUUUUCCAAGUGACAGUCUGCCAUCCCCAAGCACAAUUGUGUCUAAUGACAUUCCAGGGACAGUGAGAAGUUGGUAUCAUGGCCAGGCUAGUAUGCCAGGAACUCUUGUCCUCUGCUUGCCACAAAUCAAAAUAAUGAGUGCUGGGCAUAAAUAUAUGGAACCAAUUCAAGACAUUCCGUUUGUUGUGCCAAGGCCCAUUGUGGAAGAAGGCGUUGCUUUCCCAUGGACCAUCAACCUUAAUAAUUUCAGUAUUUACACUCUUCUUGGCCAUCAAGUAAUACUGAAUUUAGUCGAACCAAUGGGUUGCACUUCUACUCUUGCUGUCACAUCACACAGUUUGUCGUCUUCAGGGUCCGACUCUGGGCACUCGUUUGUAGUCUGUCUCCACGUUGACCUUGAACCAUUAGAAAUAAAAUGUUCGAAUCCUCAGGUUGAACUUAUGUACCAAUUAACUGACUCUAUGAGCAAAGCAUGGGAGAAGAUACAAAGAAGAGGUAUCCUGCACCAAUCUGCAGUGUACUGUGAUUCUGCAGCAGGUCUGACUCCCAGCUCUCCUAUCAGAAGCAGCAUUGGCACAGCCCCUCCAGAUACAAGCACAUGCAGUCCAUCUGCCGACAUUGGAACCACUACUGAGGGCGAUUCUAUGCAUGCUGCUGAGGAUUCCCCUUUUUCUGAUUCUUUUACACUAGAGCAAACAACCAGCAAUAUUGGAGUGUCAAGUGGACGUGUCAGUCUCUGGAUGCAGUGGAUGCUUCCUAAAAUUACUGUUAAACUCUUUGCUGUGGAUCCCAGCGCAAAAGGCACAAAGAUUUGUGUAGUCAGUGAACUUGAGGAUCUCAAUGCCUCUGUGGAUAUGCAGGAUGUGUACACGAAAGUGAAAUGUAAAAUUGAAAGCUUGAACAUUGAUCACUACAGAAGCAGCCUUGCUGAAGACAGUUGGUGUCUGGGGCAAUAUGGAGGUGUCUUUCUGUCCUGUACUGACAAGCUGAACAGACGCACUACGUUGGUUCGACCCGUCAGCAAGCAGGAUGCUUUCAGUAAUUUCUCUGGCUUCUUUCCCUCUACAACAACAAAACUUUUAGAGAGCUCACAUCAACAGCAUGGAUUUCUUUCACUUACUUACACAAAAGCUGUCACAAGAAAUGUUCGCCACAAGUUGAUCUCGAGAAAUGAGCGAGGUUCACAUAGUUUCCAGAGGCUUUAUGAAGGUCCAGCAGAUGGCUCUCCUCAUUUCCUACAUGAAAUCUUAAUUUCAGCCCAAGCCUUUGACAUUGUACUAUUCUUCCCUUUGCUUAAUGCAAUCUCAAGUAUUUUUGAAGCUAAACGCCCUUGCAGUCAAAAGGAGAAACGCAAAUCUUCUGGGCAGCCCAUGAGGUCUCACACUCUAACAUCACGGAAUUUGCCUCUGAUUUAUAUCAACACCAGUGUCAUCAGAGUCUUCUUUCCUAAUGCUGAAGAAAUGCACUUGGUUUUAGGAGCAAAUCAGGCUACAAAUGAAGAUACAUUAGUCCUGAAAAUCGGAUCUGUUUCAAUGGCUCCACAGGCUGACAACCCAUUAAGCAGAAGUGUCCUGAGAAAAGACAUUUAUCAACGAGCUUUGAAUUUGGGAAUAUUAAGAGACCCUGGAUCUGAAGUUGAAGACCGGCAAUACCAAAUUGACCUGCAGUCUAUUAAUAUUGGAACGGCUCAGUGGGACCAGCUGAAACCAGAGAAGGAAAAUAACAAUGGAGGUUUGCUGGCAGAAGGGGACAGAAGUUCUCAGAAUCCAGCACUGGAAUGGAACAUGGCCAGCAGCAUUAGGCAGCAUCAAGAGCGGCGAGCGAUACUCAGUCCCAUUCUAACAGAUUUCACAGUAAGGGUAACUGCAGCUCCAGCUAUAAUCUUCACCAAAAUGGUUUCUCCUGAGAACAUGCACACUGAGGACAUUUUAGUGUGUGGCCAUUCGUUGGAAGUGAAUAUUACCACAAGCUUGGACUUCUUCCUGAGCGUGGCUCAAGUACAACUCCUGCAGCAGCUGGUGCAAGCUAACAUAGUUGGAUUUGGACAAGCAAGAAUGUCCGCAGAGGUUUACAAGCAAGAACAUCACAAAAUGGAUUCAGCAGAUGGCCGUGCAGCAGACACAUCCUCGCGUUAUAGUGGUGCCCAGGACAGUGGCAUUGGCAGCGACAGUGUGAAAAUAAGAAUUGUUCAGAUUGAGCAACAAAGUGGAGCCAGUCAUCAUAGGAUAGUCAGGCCAACCAAGCAGUCGUCUAUUGUAAAGAACUUGAACUUCAUACCAUUUGAUAUAUUUAUUACAGCCAGUCGGAUUUCUUUGAUGACAUAUUCAUGCACUGCUCAGCCUAAACUGAAAACAGAUAUUGAUAAGGGGGAAAAAUUGGGAAAGAGUGCAUUAAACCUCACAAAUACAGAAGGAGAUGGAACAAUAGAAAAAUCUGGACAGUCAUGUAUCUCCACACUAACUGCUGAAGAUCUGAUUAAUUCCCCAUCUAAGGGUAAUACAUCUUCUCCUGGCAAUGGAAGAGCUUCUCUUCUUUCUCUAGAGAGUCUCCAUGCUUCCACAAGGUCAUCUGCUCGACAGGCCUUGGGGAUUACGAUUGUGCGCCAGCCUGGUAGAAGAGGAACCGGUGACCUACAGCUUAAUCCUUUCCUUCAUCUUGUGGUAGCCCAGCCAUCCUUGCUUAUAAGCUGUCAUCACAAGAAACAGAAGAUGGAAAUGUCCCUCUUUGAUGCACUCCUUAAAGGUGUAGAUCCAGAGUAUAAAUGUUCAGAUGCUGGGAAGACUCUGCCAGAAGCUCUUGAUUACACCAAGGUCUGGCUACAAACAGUAGCAGGAGAGACAAAUACCAGAACUGGAAUUCCUCCUCCAUUCAUUACAUUGCAAAUUAAAGAUUUUCUUAAUGGGCCAGCUGAUGUCAACAUCAACAUAUCAAGACCAUUGAAAGCAAACCUGAGUUUUGUGAAGCUGGAUCAGAUGAACAGCUUCCUAAAGAAGAUCAACACAAGUGUUCUGCAGGAAUCUCCAGCAUCUUUGGACUCAGCAACACAUAAAGAUGGAACACUUAAAUCAACACCUUUUCAAAGAAAGGAUGCAGGGAUUGUAAACAAAGACACAUUAAAGAAGAACUCUCCACAAGAAGAGGCUUGGAGGUUGAUGUCUUAUUUACAGAAGGUCUCUUUUCAAACAGCACAAGUGGUUGUAUCAUUGGAGACAGUGCCUCAUCCUAAAAAACCCUGCACGGUAAUAUCUGUCUCACAUCUUCAAGGAUCCCUGAGUAUUCAAGCUGCAAAUAAAUCCUCAGAAACCAUCAGUGGUGCAUCAUUCAUGUUGGAUCUGGAUGACUUUCUGCUUAAAACAAGCUUAAAAGAAAAACCCAGAAAUCUGAUUGGCCCUGUCUCUGGAUCAAUAAAUCUGGAAGCUAAUUGGUGCAAGCACAGUGGAGACCCCAGUUCGCUACAUUUUAUUCCAAAAAUACUUGUUUAUUUACAAGGUGGAGUACUGCAGGUUUUCUGGGGUCAAGAAAAUCUGAAUUGCUUACUUCUUUUGCAUGAACUUGUACAAGAAUACUUAAAGAAAGAAUCGAUAUGUUGCGUGGCAAGUAGUGAUCAGCCAGUCCAACCAGCAUCUCCAGCUAUUGGUAGACCACAAACCUCUAAGACAGAGCAUAGUUCUGAUGACUUGAGAACUGGCCUUUUCCAGUACAUUCAAGAUACAGAUGCACAGAAACUACCAAAUGCGUAUGAAGUCAUCUUUUACAAUGAGACAGAAGAAAGCCCAGGAAUGAUGCUCUGGAGAUAUCCAGAACCAAGGGUGCUAACUCUGGUCAGAAUUACCCCAGUUCCUUUCAACACCACUGAGGAUCCUGAUAUUAGCACUGCUGACCUUGGAGAUGUCCUUCAGGUCCCUUGUAGUCUUGAAUACUGGGAUGAACUCCAGAGGUCAUUUCUUGCGUUUCGAGAAUUCAGUCUAUCUGAGAGCAAGGCCUGUGAUCUCCAGUUGCCCAGUAUUAAUGUUGCGAAUGACCAAAAGGAGCUUGUGACCUCUGACCUGUGGAGGAUUGUCCUCAACAAUAAUAGCAAUGGAACAGACGACCAAAGCUCUGAAAGUGAAUCAGGCUCCCAAAGUGGUUGUGACCAGCUUGUGACUCCGACAGCAUUAGCAGCCUGCACCAGAGUUGAUUCCUGUUUUACUCCUUGGCUGGUGCCCUCACUUGGUCUUUCAAUCCAUUUUGCUCACCUUGAGUUUCACUUAUUUCACCAGCUGGACCAAUUAGGCACAGUGCCGUCUAAACGUUUGCAACCCUUUACCUCAGACAAAACAACACCAGGGGAUCUGGAAUACAUGGUGAUCUCUCUGAAGGAACCCUGUGUAUACCUGCGACAGUGGAAUGAUGUGUCUGUGUGCACAGAGCUUCAGUUUUCUGCAGAGGCUGACUGUAAGCUUUUGGAAUUCCGUAAUCUCACUAUGAAGGACAUAAUAAAGCCAUUCCACUUCCAAGGACAGAUGGCCACUUCUGACAGUGCUCUAGAGAAGCUUCUCAGCUUUAGUGUUCUGAUGGACCCAAUGUUCUUCAACUUUGGACAACAUUCCAUACACUCUAUUAGCCUAGCACUUCAGGCUUGGCAGCAGAAUCAGUGCCCUGAAGCAGAGGAGUUGAUCUACAGUCAUUUUGUCGUCUGUAAUGACACACAGGAGACACUGCGGUUUGGCCAAGUGGAUACGGAUGAGAAUAUUGUGCUGGCCAGUCUCCACAGCCACCAGUACUGCUGGCGCACACACAAGUCCCCACAGCUGCUGCACAUCUGUAUUGAAGGCUGGGGAAACUGGCGCUGGUCAGAGCCGUUCAGUGUGGACAAUGCUGGCACGUUUAUCAGAACUAUUCAGUACAAGGGCAGAACAGCAUCUCUUAUCAUUAAGGUGGAACAGCUAAAUGGAGUGCAAAAGCAAGUUAUUAUUUGUGGCAGACAGAUCAUCUGCAGUUACCUGGCAGAGAGCAUUGAGCUAAAGGUGGUACAACAUUAUGUGGGGCAGGAUGGUCAGGCUGUGGUCCGUGAACACUUUGACUGCUUAUCCGCUAAAGGGAAGCUACCGUCUUAUGUCUUGGAGAACAGUGAACUCACAGAACUGUGUGUAAAGGCAAAAGGAGAUGAGGACUGGUCCCAGGACGUAUAUCUGGCAUCUGACCUGACCGAACAAAACGUCAUCAUUCAGGUGCCAUCCUCAAAUGAAUCUAUUAUUUAUGUGUGGUGCACUCUUCUUACCUUGGAACCUGGCUCUCAAGUGCAACAACGAAUGAUCAUGUUCAGCCCACUUUUUAUCAUGAGAAGUCAUCUUCCUGAUUCUAUUAUCAUACAUGUCGAGAAGAGAAGCCUUGGAUUAAAUGAAACUCAGCUUGUUCCUGGAAAAGGAAUGGAGAAGGAACUGCAUAACAUUGAACCAGAUUUAACCCAUCACCUGACGUUUCAAGCAAGGGAGGAAGAUGGCCCAUCAGAAUGUGCUGUUCCUAUUUCAACAGCUCUAAUAAAACAAAUAGCAAUAAAAACACGGACUGUAUAUUCAGCAACUCAGAUUAUUUCUGAAUUUUAUGGGGAUAAAACUUGUACCCAUCCUGUAUGGCCAUAUGAUAAAAAAGACACAGACAGUGGUGAGCACUUGGCGCAAUGGGACAGCCCUAUGCGGGUGAAGCUUUCCUUGUGGAAAUCCCAUUUGAAGACAUUGCUGAUUGAGCUUCUCCCUUGGGCUUUGCUUAUCAAUAAAUCAAGGUGGGACCUUUGGCUUUUUGAAGGAGAGAACAUUGUCCUUCAGAUUCCUGCUGGGAAAACCAUCAUACCUCCCAACUUUCAGGAAGCUUUCCAAAUCGGAAUUUACUGGGCCAAUACAAACACAGUGCAUAAGUCUGUUGCUGUCAGAUUGGUGCAUGACAUGACAUCUCCAAAGUGGAAGGAUGGAGAUAAUAGUGAGGUUGUAACAAUGGAUGAGGAAGGAUUUGUUGAUGCCAACAUCAAACUGGGUGCCUUCCCUGGGCAUCAAAAGCUUUGCCAGUUCUGCAUUUCAUCUAUGAUUCGAAACGGAAUACAAAUUUUACAGAUUGAAGAUAAGACCACCAUAAUAAACAAUACUUCAAUGAAGGUUUCCUACAGCCCACAGAUGUGUGUGUUACAACAACUCACAGAUGAAGAGUAUGUGCCUGUACCAGACAGUGCUGUUUUCAACAUCAGUCCAAUUGGGGAUCAACUGCCUUCGAAAUCCAAUACUAUUCCUUUCUGGGAUCUUGUAUCGGACACCGUUCAGUCAACUGCUGAACCAUCACCUCUUGAGAAAUACAUUCUGCUCAGCCUUUGUCCAAAUGCUGGGGUCGGCAAUGCAGAAUGCUGGAGCCUGCCCGUAAUGAUACAUCAAGAGUAUCCUCGGCAAAGUGUGGCAGUGCCUAUUGGAGAUUGCAGUGGAAAUGGAUUGUGUACUAAGGCGUUAGUGUUGACUUAUCAAGAGCACCUUGGGGUAGCGUAUUUGACGCUUACAGAAGACCCAAGCCCUCGGAUAAUUAUUCGUAACCGGUGCAGUGUCCCAUUACUUUUGAAAGAAAAUAUUAAAGAUACUCCGAAAUUUGAAAUAUAUUGCAGGAAAAUCCCAGCGGAAUGUUCAGUCCAUCAUGAGCUUUAUCACCAAAUGUCCAACUUUCCCGACUGCAAAACCAAGGAUUUGCUUCCCAGUAUAUACAUCAAAGUAUUGUCACCGGAGGAAGCGGCCGGGGAAUGGAGCGAUUUAAUAGAUAUAAAUAACCAUGGCACUCAGGUUGUGUUCCUUACCGGCUAUGGCUAUGUAUACGUUGAUGUUGUCCAUCACUGUGGUACAGUGAUUAUUACAUUAGCACCUGAAGGGAGAGCAGGGCCUGUUCUUACAAGUCUAAACAGGAAUCAGAGCCAGAGACUUGAAUUUAAAGUAUUUAUCACCCAGUUCAGCAUUGGAAUAUUUGAUGAUGUCACAAAUUACAAGACAUCUUCUGAGCUUCUACGGCUUACAAUGGAUAAUGUCUUUCUUAACAUGGCUCCUGUAACCAGCUACCUUAGGCAGCCAUGCCGGGAACUUCAGGAGGACAUCAUGUCUUGUAUUCCCUUGUUUUAUAGCUUGGAAGUGUACUGUGGAGAUCUACAGCUAGACAACCAGCUUUACAACAAGUCCCAUUUUCAUUUUCCUGUCCUGGUUUGCCAACAAGAGAAAAGUGAAGGAGCUAGAUGGCCAAAAUCAAGCAACAUGUUCAUUCCCAGCAAAGAACUAGAGGAAUAUAAGGAAUGCUCGUUUCUUAAGCUCUUCAUUACUUUGUCAAUCGAGCAAGAUCUUUAUGAUCUAAAUGAACUAAGCUUUGAACUGAAGCCCUCACGUCUUUAUGUAGAAGAUACAUUCGUCUAUUAUAUCAAAACACUGUUUGACACUUAUCUUCCAGACAGCAAAUGCUUACACAGUACCAUGGAAGUCACUGGAUUUAAUGUUCUGCAAGUGUUGCCAGAACAAGUGAAACAAAACAUAGUAGCACUAGUAAGCCCUGUUAGGCUAAGAAAAUUAACCGUGCAACCAGUGAACCUUUUGGUCAGUAUUCACGCUUCACUAAAACUAUACAUUGCCUCUGAUCACACGCCAUUGUCCUUCUCAGUGUUUGAACGUGGUCCAAUCUUCACCACCGCCAGACAGCUUAUCCAUGCUCUUGCCAUGCAUUAUGCUGCCGGAGCCCUGUUCAGAGCAGGCUGGGUUGUUGGAUCUCUGGAUAUCCUUGGAAGUCCGGCUAGCCUGGUGAGAAGCAUUGGGAAUGGAAUCGCUGACUUUUUCAGACUUCCAUAUGAAGGGCUAACUCGUGGGCCAGGAGCAUUUGUUAGUGGCGUCUCCAGAGGGACCACAUCUUUUGUGAAACACAUUUCCAAAGGUACACUCACAUCUCUGACUAACCUUGCCACCAGCCUGGCACGCAAUAUGGACCGACUUUCCCUGGAUGAAGAACAUUAUACCCGGCAGGAGGAAUGGAGGAGGCAGCUGCCAGACAGCCUGGGAGAAGGACUGAGACAGGGUCUUUCUCGCCUUGGCAUAAGCUUGCUAGGUGCAAUAGCUGGCAUUGUAGAUCAGCCUAUGCAGAACUUUCAGAGGACGUCUGAGGCCCAGGCAUCAGCAGGGAACAAAGCAAAAGGAGUCAUCUCUGGUGUGGGAAAGGGAAUUGUUGGAGUAUUUACGAAGCCCAUUGGAGGAGCGGCGGAGCUGGUGUCACAGGCAGGAUACGGCAUCUUGCAUGGAGCUGGAUUAUCACAACUACCUAAACAGCGUUACUUUUCAAGCGAUCUACUGACUCACCAGGCCCACAACAGCCAUGUGAAAUACGUCUGGAAAAUGCUGCAGUCUUUGGGCAGACCUGAAGUCCAUAUGGCUCUUGAUGUGGUUAUUGUCAGCGGAUUAGGACAGGAGUAUGAAGGAUGCCUGUUGCUCACAUCAGAAGUGUUGUUUGUAGUCAGCAUCAGUGAGGAUGCACAGCAACAAGCCUUCCCCAUCACUGAGAUCGAGUGCAUGGCGGAACCAGGUUCACAGAACAACCUGAAAGUAGAGUUAAAGCAGCAGCAAGUGGCAUGUGACCCAGAGGCUGAUGGCACUAGGGAAAGACUGUCUGAGCAACAGUACAACCGACUAGUAGAUUAUGUUGCAAAGAGCUCACAUCACCUCGUCCCAAGCACCUCAUCACUACACGUGGCAGCCCAGGUGAUAGCUGCAGAACCCCCUCCGAAUAACACCAAGACUUACCAGUAUCUGGUCGAUACACAUUUCGCACGGGUGUUCAUAAGUAAAUUCAAAAUGGUUAAGAACAAGGCUCUAAAAAGAGGGUUUUAUUAACUGUACUAUACGAAUAAUCAAACAAACAGCACAACAAAUAUUGCAAAAGAAAUGAAUGUAUGAUUCGUCAUCAGCAUUUGCUUGCGAAUAAAUAAUCAUCCUUUUUAAAUGGACUCAUUCUGAAAAUACAGGGGCAAAUAUAUAUAACAUACUGUUAUACAUGGAUAAUGGAUUUCUAGCACAGAACUGUAUAUAAUAUGACAUUAUGAUCCUGUAUGUCUGCUAAUCUUCAAAAUGGAUAUAUUUUGUUUCUAAUAAAAAAAGAGGAGAGAUCGGUCAUUGGAAAUCAGAUCCCAACCAGCUUCAAUGCAAUAAUGCAACAAUAAAUUAAAUUGACUAUUUGACUUCUCGGAUGUUUGAUAACUGAUUACUGGUUUGGUUUAUGAAAUCGGUGACAAGAUGUUUACAUUUGUUGGAAAAGAUUAUAUGCUACAACAUUCUAUACUACAUAUUUAAUAGAUUUGCAUAUGGCAGAGUUCCAAUGUGUAAAACCAAAAUGUCAUUCCCUAACAUUUAUAAAAGCAGUUUUGAAAACCA